AUGACAGACUCCGAAGAGGAGUUUCCGGAGCCAAAGCCAUUGGCGAAUCCACUCCCAAAGGAGACCAUACAUCGCAUCUUUGGGACCAGCCAGGCGUUCCGAGGCUUUGAUGAAAUAAAACCAACACUCUCUGGGUUAACAGUUCCUCUCAAAGUCAGGGAGUACUACCACCGAGGCCACUGGUGCUUGGAGCGAGAAGACUGGGAAACAGCUGUGCUGUUCUUCUCCCGUGCCAUCCACCUGGACCCCCAGCUGGUGGACUUCUACGCCUUAAGAGCCGAGGCCUACAUCCAGCUCUGCGACUACUCCUCGGCUGUCCAGAACCUGCGGAGGGCCCACUCCUUCCAGCCGGAGAACGACCAGUUCCUGAACCGACUCACCUUGGUGCUUUACCUGCAGGGCCAGUGCCUGUUUGAGCAAUGUGUCUUUCUGGAUGCCCUGAAUGUCUUCUCGCAAGCCUUCGACCUCCAGCCUGAGAAAGCCAGCUUCCGUUACCGAUGCAUGGCGUGUCUCCUGGCCCUCAGGCGAUAUCAGGACUGCCUCUCACUUGUCAACAAGGAGGUGAAGCAUGGCACAACCAAUGCUGACAUCUACAUCUUCCGAGCCAGGCUCUACAACUUCUUCGGGAAGCCCCACCUCUGCUACCAAGACCUGCACACCGCCCUGGUAUUGGAUCCCAAGCACCCACAGGCGAGGGUGCUGCUCAAGAUGAUGGUAGACCAGGCCCAGAGGUCCUAUCAGGAUGCCAGGAUCCUGGCCGUGCAGGGCAAGCUGCAGCACGCAGUGCAGUGCGUGAACCGCGCCAUCAACAACAACCCUCUGGACCCCAGCUUCUUCGUCUUCAGGGGCACCAUGUUCCGCCGGCUCCAGGAGUUCAAUGCGGCGGUGGAGGACUUCCUGAAGGCCCUGGACAUGAUGUCGGAGCACGAGGAGGACAUGGUGCGGCAGACGCAGCGCCAGCUCCUGCUGGCCUACAACGACUUCGCAGUGCACUGCUACACGCAGGGCGCCUACCAGGAGGGCGUGCUGCUGCUCAACAAGGUCCUCAAGGACGAGCAGCAGGAGAAAAGCUUCUACAUCAACCGCGGCGAUUGCUUCUUCCAGCUGGGCUACCUGGACUUCGCCGCGGCGGACUACCAGGAGGCGCUGGCGCUGAGCCCGUGGGACGAGGGCGCCAACCGGCGCAUGGGGCUGCUGCAGGAGAAGAUGGGGUUCUGCCAGCACAAGAGCAAACAAUUCCAGAAGGCGGAGAGCCACUUCACGAUGGCCAUCGAGCACAAUCCCCAGAUGGCUCAGUACUACGUGCACCGUGCCAGGAGCCGACAGCUCAUCCAGAACAUUUUCGGGGCCCGCCAGGACGUUGCAACUGCCCUGAUCCUUGACCCUAAGCAACCGAAGCUGCUCUCGCUGAUAACCAACCUCUUCCCCGGCAUGUCAGAGGAGGAGGUGCUCGGCAGCAAGAUGGGCCUCCUGGCCAAGAUGCAGCUGAGCCGGGUGAUAGAGAGCAGGCUGCAGAAGACCAUCCCGCAAGGCAUCAUGGGGCAGCUCCAGAAGCUGGAACUAGAUCGCCAGAAGGCCCGGGCCCUGCAGCUUUCGUGGAACAAGGAACAGGUUUUGUGGAAGACCUCUGAGAAGCUGGAGCCCGCGCCCCAGACCGUGCAGGAAGAGCCCACGCCCCCGAAAGAGCCCGAGGUUGCCGAGGAGGUGGAGCAGCCGGAGCAGUCCUCGUCCGCCGGCUACCUGGACCGCACCUCGUCAAGCUCCGUGUUGGGCUUCAGGGCUCGGUCUAUCUCCGAGACGGAGGCGUCCGCCACCAGCCAGGAAUACAGGAGCAGCUCGACCACUGCUGUGCUCACCUCCGACUCCUCCCUGCUGAAGACGCCGUCCUCAGAGUUGGAAAACGACAAGGAAGACGUAAGCCCGAGCGGCAGCUCCAUAAAGGAGGUUUUCUGGGCCCAGACCCAGCUGGUCAGCAAGACGGGGGCCAUGCAGAGCCAGAGCCAGGGCCAGAAGCCCACCGAGACCGAGGCCACCCAGGGCCCAAGGCAAGAGCCCACCAAGGCCAAGGCCACCCAGGGCCCAAGGCAAAAACCCAGCAAGACUGAGGCCACCCAGGGCCCAAGGCAAGAGCCCACCAAGGCCAAGGCCACCCAGGGCCCAAGGCAAAAACCCAACAAGACCGAGGCCACCCAGGGCCCAAAGCCAAGGCUCAGAAAGACCAAGGCUGUUCACAGGCGGGGCACCAUCAAGGCUAAGGGCUGGAUCAGUGGACUGCUCCGAAGUUCCAGCAAGAUCAUGACUGACGAUGACCCAAGCCCGAGCCCCAGCAAAACGGAGGUCACCCAGGGCCAGGACCAGUGGUUCGUCAUGGCCAAGGUUCUCCAGAAGUUGAACCAAAGCCCAGAAUCUAGCAAGACUGAUGUCAUCCGGGACCUGAGCCAGACCCCCAGCGAAAUCCAGAUUAGCCAGCGCCCCAGCCCUGACAAUGUCACUUCUCCCUGA